GCACGCAGAGAGCCCGGCAGAGCGCUACAGCGGCUCGUUCACUGGACAAACAAGCCCGCAGCAGACCGCUCUCUCUUCGGACAGCGUCUCACGGAGCUGCUCGGCCGGGUCCGGCUCCACGGAGGCCGGCCGGCGGAGCGCUCAUGGAGAUGGUUGAACACUGAGCAGAUAAAAACACUGCUGGGAGCCGAAGACUUCUGACUAUAAAGCUAAAAAUCAGAACCUUUUGCCUGGAGCUGAGCUGAGGUGAAGGUGGCCUGCCAUCACCCAGAUGUGUCAGAGCUGGCUGGCUCUCUGUACUGAACGCCAGGUGUGUCUGGAGUUCUAGAGGGUGGCUGGAAAGAGCCUGAGACAGGAGUUCCACAAGGUCCGUGGCCAUGGCAGUCCCAGGCUCAUGGAAAUCUUCAAGGCAAAGAGAGUCCUCACAGGGCAGGACCUGAUGCCACAAAGGACAUUGAUGAAGAGGAAGAUUGGUGCGGUGGGGAUCCUCUGCCAUGAACGGGAGAACAUCACUCCACACUCACAGUCCCUGCACCAAUACGCUUCCUCAUGGGAAUCAUCGUAGAGGGAAACAUUGUGAUGGACACCGACAGCCUGCCUCAGGCUAAGAACAUUGUCUUUGGACUCGCCUGCGCACUCCGUCUCAACUACGCAAAGUGCAUGAAGAACACCUUUGAUUUUGUUCAACAGAAAAUGACCAAAAAGGGUAGAAGAUCAGACUGUGGCCCGAGGAGGGGAAGACAGGAGAGGUCCGUGGAGGCAGAGGCCCUCAAACCCCUCGAAGAAAUACAGAAGAAACUUCUUUUUGAAGAGAAAUGUUUAAACAAAAAGAAAGAAGAUCUGGAGAUCGAAAGGAAGAAAAUGACCAUAGAGCGGGAAGCCCUACAGAAAGAGCGCAGUCGGAUGGUUGAGAUGAGGAACGCAUUCUGCUUGGAGAAAGAAAACGUGAAAAAAGAGAGAAAAGCCUUGGAGGAUGAGAAGACAGCGAUGGCCAUCUGGAGAGAGGCCUCCAGGCGGGAGCAGUCUGAGGUACAGAGCAUGAGGGAGGCUUUCCAGCUGGAAAGACAACGCAUGCAGGAAGAGAGAGAAACCUUUGAUCAGAAGGUCAGGGAACAUCUCAUGGUGAUGAGAUCCUUUGAGGAUGAAUAUGAUGACAUGAUCAGUGACAGAGAGGCAUUUCAGAUCGAGAGGGAAGAGAUGGCGAUGAUGAGGAAGGCCUACAUCAGGGAAAAAGCAGGCAUCCAGAAGCUGAGAGAAGAAUACCAGCUGGAAAAAGACCGUUUGGAGAAAGAGAGAAAAGAGUUCAAAGAAGAACAAGUGUCCAAAUUUAGGAGAAGAAGAGCCUUCAAUGCUGAGAAAGAGGCCAUGAAUGAGGAGAGGAAGGUGUGGGAAGCUGAGAAAGAGGCCAUGAAUGAGAAGAGGAAGGUGUGGGAGGCUGAGAAAGAAGAGCUGGAGAAGCUGAGGAGAGCCCUCUGUCGGGAAAUGGAAGACCUGCAGAAGGAGGCCGACAUGAUGCAGAGUAAAAACCUGGCAGAACCAGCACACACACCUUCCCUGGACGCCGCUGCCACCGGAGAUGGAGAAGCGCCGUGUCAGCCAUCCUGCAGCUCUGUUUCCGUUGCCUUGCAGUGACGUGUGAGGCAACUGCAGCGGCCAGAAGAUACAGAAACAUCCAGAUGGAUCAGACAGUGGAUCAGACUCUGAUGAGCCAGCACAAGCUCUUCCUUGGACAUGUCUACCUCUUUUGAUGAUUCACAUUGAAAAUAAAAAUGUUCCUCAGAACAUUUUCCAUUUUAACAAGUAUUUCUGAGGAACACUGGGGAAAUAUUUGGCCACUUCAGUGGUCUUCGACUAAUUCCUCACUUUGGCGAGAACACUGUCUGAAGAAUGUUUUAAGAUACUUUAAGACCCCUGUCAAGGGAAAAUCUUCUUAACUUUUUUGAAUAGCCUACAUGUUCUAAAUACAGAGCUUUCUCUCCUUCAAGGCACCGCGUUGUUGUAAAUAGUUUGAAGUGCUCCAUCUCUGUACCUUGGCUCCUAGUUUAUAGUUCCUUUUUUUUUUUUGGUUUUUUGUUUUUUGUUUUCCUUUUCCUUUUUAAUACGUGCUAGUGAAGGAAUGGAAAAAAAACUGCAUAAAACAUUUUUUUUUUUGAGAGGGGAGUUAAACAGAGAACAAUGGUAAUAGAGUACAUGCUGAAACGAGUAAACACGCCCC